AAAUCAAAGAAAUUCCACCAAAUGUCACAAACGGAAAAAGUUUUAAUUUCAUUUUUGUUACAUCCUGUUCGGCUGGCUGAGCACACACACAGUCUAUGCGUAGUAAACUCUGAAUACGUUUGUAUGAAAUUCCUGAAUGAAUGAAUCAUUCCUAUUUUUGUACGUCUUUGURCGAUUCUUUUUAUCGUGUUGUUGGAAGUCCUGUCUCGGCCUGUUCUAUGCAGUAGACCUAUUCAACUGUACCCGCAUAGAUUGAUACCUUUGAUUCGAGUCAAUUCAGCGAAAGCUGGCAACACUGAGUUGGCUUGAGUUCACAAGCAAUAGAUUUCAACUUUAUUUUCCUGUAGUUAGCUACACUUCAACCGAGUAUCACAAAGGCGCGGCAUUUUGACGCUAAACAUGGUGACCACAGUCGAAAAGACUACAACUUCUACUAUGUGCUAAUUGUUUUUUGACAAGACCAUGCUUUCCGAACAUAACAAAAAGCCUUUCCAAUGCAYGUAUUGUCAGAAGUCUUUUAAGAGYACAAAUGGGUUGAAAUACCAUAACGAAAGCAUCCAUUCAGACRAAGCAUACAUGGAGAUGAGCGGACUAUACCCUAAAGCAAUGACAAGGACUACUAAAUCGUCCAAAACGAUCCCUCCURMCCUCGACCUGGGAAAAGACGAGUUUGGCAUUCUUCAGGAGUUCGCCUUUCUUGCGACUGGUCCUCAAAGUCCUCUCGUUCAGGAGAUUUACGGUGGCUACUGUACAGAUGCCGAGAGUCCCAUGGAYCCAAGAGACAUCGAUUAUAACAUUCCAAGUGUCGAGAGUGAUACAAGUGCUACGUCACCCGUCCUGAAAAAUCCCACAACAUACAGACAUGCCACCCCUCCCCCCACAGCAUGGAGUUGUUUCUUGGACGGCACGAGAAUUCAGUUAUCAGGCGAAGAGGAGUGGAAGUAUGCAGAGGAUCUUGGGAACGAUGAGAUUCCUAAUGUGUGCGAUCCUAGUGAUGGYUUGCGAUUGACGGGGUGCGAGGGGAUCGUCCAUGUUGUUGAUCAUCUCGAAGAGACGGUACAAGAAUUCUUGGUGUCCUUCUCAUCGACAUCAGAUAAUAUGCCAAGUCUACGAGCUGAAGUCGCUGGCGACCACCCAUUCUUUGUCAAGAGCAAAGGCUGGAGUUCGAUUCAACCAGCUAGGACCCUAGAGAACUAUGGGAUGGAUUGUCAACCGUUGUCACGUGGUGAUGUUUGUCUUCCGUCAUCACAUCCUACAGUCCUUAAGGCGAACCGCAUGACAAGAACAACAACAAAUAUGUUUGACUUCACUGAUUUGGACUCAGAUGCSGCCUUGACACUCAGCUGUAUGGCUAAGGAUCGACAAGAACACAAGUCWCGGAAAUCCAAGCUUUUCUCGAUCCAGUCCCUSGGAUCUAGUCAAACAGAACAACAACUGAACAAGCGACCUAUGAAUGCCUUCAUGYUGUUUGCAAAAAAAUACAGAUUGAAGAUAACCAAGGCGCACCCUGGCAAGGACAACAGAGCGAUAAGUGUGAUUUUGGGCGAUAAAUGGAAGAACAUGGACCAAGAAGAGAGAAGUCUCUAUGUUCUUCAAGCUAAGAAAUUAGCUGAAGAACACAAGAAAUUCAAUCCAGACUGUUGGAAGAGAAAACGCAGCACUGGGCAGACUGGUAGAACAAAGGUUCAUAAAAGAUUAUAGUUCUACUCUUGACGAUAUUAUACAGGGACACCAAUGGGGCGCGUUSAUUGGUUGUCUAUGAGAUAAUAUAUUAUUACUACAAGUUAUAGAUUUUUUUCUGUUCUUUUUUCCUUGUUUCCUACGGAAGCGAGCAGAUGUUGUUUUAUAUAAUACCAAUGAUUUCAGGGACCAUUUUGAACAGAUGAACAGUCCCUYAUACAUGGUAGAAUCGCUUAGGGAUGUAUUGUCCUCUGUACGUGGUGACGAGAAAAAAUAGUUUCGGAAAAGAAGUUGUUCCUAUAGUUGAAGUUUUACAAGUUGCAAGAUGUUUUUUCAUUACAAGUAAAUAGAUAAAUAACGAAUUAGAAUCAUAGACAACGAAAGCAGUUAUUACAUUAAUAACUGUCUUUUCAUGUAAAUAUACACCAAGUUAACUUCUGUUAAACUAUAGGCAAGCCCUUUUUAGCUUUCUGGGGAUAGGUAGUCACAUGACUAAUACCAUGUGGUCAAAUUUCGACUUGCACGUGAUCAAAAAGUAAAAUCACGUGGUCAAAAUGUAACAUCACAUGGUCAAAUUUAUACUUUCACCUGAUUAAAACAUAAAAUCGCGUGUUCAAAAUGAAAGAUCAUGUGGUCAAUUUGACUUUCACGUGAUCAACACAUACUUUCACGUACUUUCAAAACGUAAAAUUACGUGAUCAACAUGUGAUAUCACGUGGUCAAGACGGACUCGUGAUAUUAGCUGGUGGAUAACUUAUGCUGUAAGAGUUGCAAAAUAUUCAGACUAGUAGGAAAUAUGUACAAUCCAUUUUAAGUUAUUUUUAUUGGUAUUCUUUUAUAAACUGAUCAUUAGAAAAUGUACAUAAUUUGCAAUUGAAUAAAAAGUAUAGAUUGUU